AUGCAGCCAUACAAUUUUCCCCACAAUGCCUCCUCCUACCUGGGCCCUCACGGGGACCCCCCUCUAUCACGCAUCGGCUUCAUCAUCCUCUCCAUCAUCAUGGCUCUUUUCACCGGUCCGGCAAUCGUGCUCAACGCUACAGUGAUCAUCGUGUCCCUUAUGCACAAGCAGCUGAGGCAGCCACUCAACUACGCUCUGAUGAACAUGGCAGUGGCUGACCUGGGCACUGCCAUGACCGGAGGGGUGCUGUCCGUGGUCAACAACGCCCAGGGGUACUUCUCCCUGGGACGAACAGGCUGUGUCAUGGAGGGCUUUGCAGUCUCUUUGUGUGGAAUCGCGUCUCUGUGCACUGUUGCUCUGAUCGCUCUGGAGAGGAUGUUUGUUGUGUGUAAGCCAUUGGGGCAGAUAACCUUCCAGAAAAAGCAUGCAGCUGGAGGCAUCGCCUUGUCCUGGCUGUGGUCCCUCACGUGGAACUUGCCCCCCCUGUUUGGCUGGGGCAGGUAUGAGCUGGAGGGGGUGGGGACAUCCUGUGCACCUGACUGGCACAACAGAGACCCUUCCAACGUCUCCUAUAUCCUGGCUUACUUUGGAGUGUGCUUUGCUGUGCCCUUUGCCAUCAUCCUUGCAUCAUACGCCAAGCUAAUGUGGACACUACAUCAGGUAUCAAAGAUGGCCUGCGUUGAAGGUGGUGCAGUAGCAAAAGGAGAGAUGAAGGUGGCGUCCAUGGUGGUUCUGAUGGUUCUAACAUUUCUCAUCAGCUGGUUGCCUUAUGCCAGCUUGGCCCUGCUGGUGGUCUACAAACCUGAUGUGAACAUACAUCCGCUGGUGGGCACGGUGCCAGUUUACCUGGCCAAGAGCAGUACUGUGUACAAUCCCAUCAUCUACAUCUACCUGAACAAACAGUUUCGUAAAUAUGCAGUGCCUUUCCUGCUGUGUGGGAAAGGGAGUGCUGUGGAGGACGAAGAAUCAGAAAACUUAACAACCAUGGAGACGACAACCAAACAGGUGUCACCUGCCUGA